AAAACGUGAACGCUCGCGAUGGUCGUUGCGCGAUUUUUACACGUCACUAAAAUUACAUGCAAAUCAUGGAGGUGUUGAUAGAUUGCUAUUUCGAUCGAUUGUUCUCGGAAAUGGAACGCAGUUGCUUAGCUUCGCGAUACAAACGUCGCGAAUUGGUCAAUUAUUUCACAGACGUGAUAAACAGUUGCGCAGAAGCGGAGAACCUUGACAAACAGGAUGUGUGCGAGAGGAUCGUCAUCUCGGCUCUGCGUUAUCACAAUAUCACGAUGAUGGAGAACGGGUCGGUUUGCCUACUCGGCAAAUUUCACAACGUUCUUUACAUCGCGGCGAAGCUCUGCUACGACUGGGAUAUCAACAACAACGAAAUCGUCAGCCGACUGCUAAACGACAUAUUCUACUGCGAGAAGACGUUCGAACGACUAUUUGUCGGGGCGAUUUUCGGCACUCGCGUGACACACUUCCUGUCCGGCUGGAAGUGCGACUUCGACGAUCGUAAGGAUAAUAUCCGGGCCCUGGUGUACUUCUUGAAUCACGCGAUUAGCGGCCGAUUGGAAUACCGUUGCGAGUCCUCCCUAAUAAAGAGACGCUUCAUUGACGUGCCCAUGGAAUCGUACGGACAGGUUUUGCCUCUGAGAGUCGCGAUUCAGCACGGCGCGCCGGACAUCCUGUUGAUCAUGUUGCGCUACGGCGCCUCGAUCGAGUCUGACAAACUUGCCCCGUCACCGAUGGAGAUUAUCCUGACGAAACUCAGCGAGUUCGAAGCGCAACCAGGUCAGAAGGAGAUUAUUUACCCGGAACACCUAGUGACAUGUCUGAAAUUGAUAUUGCGAACCGUGACUACCGCCUGUGUCAGGACUCCCGCUCAUAUCGCCCAUCAAAUCGGUAUCUUUAGCGUGUCCUUGUACGAGCAAUAUCCCAGUCUGGUGAACCAAAAUUUGAUACCUCCAGAACGUAGCGGAGCCUGUCCGCCAGAACUCAAGCACUUGUGCCGUUGCCGAAUUCGCGAAAUUCUUUAUACAAAUUGGGCGUUGCCUCGCGGAAUCAAAAGUCUGCAGAUUCCAGAAUCUCUGAGAAAUUAUCUAGACCUGUUGCAAGAUUGACGGAGCACGUCGUAUGAUGGUAGCGCAAUGUUCGCGUUCGACAUCGAUCGUUCCUCUCUCGGCAUGGAAUCUCAGAAAUAUUUUAUCACACGUCUCCGUAUGCAGUUAUGUCCUAGAAUUUCACUGCGACUCUCAAUAUAAUCGCGCAUUCACCCGGAAUUCAAUAAAUGUACGCGUCAAAGUCUGUCAAAGUCACCGUGUAAGUUAGUAUCGCGAUUUCUGCCGCAUGAAUCUUGAAGUUCGGUAAAACAAAAAGAACGGAGCGAGGCGAGACUUUGACAAAUAUGAAUUUUAAAUCUAAACGUGUCAGACUUUACGCGGAAUUUUUGACAAAUAUGAAUCAUAUAUCUAAACGUGUCAGACUGUAAGUGAAAUUUUUCAUGUAUACGAGCAAGAUCGUACAAUGACGUAUAAUAUAAGCCAUUCAAGUCUAAGAUCCAAGAAAAAUGUCAAGUUCAAAAGGUCGACGAUGAUAGCGUCUCAUAAUGGCAAUGUAUUUAAUGAAUCUUGAGAAUUAGAGAAACGCUUUGUGAGGGAUGCUUGUUCGUCUGAUGCGAAUACCAGAAACAUUCAAGAAUGGCGGAAAGUAUGUCGUGAGAUGAUGCAAAAUGUACACGUUCGAGAAGUUGUGUUAUCCAUCAGCAACUUUCUUUAAUUUAAAGAAGCGAAAGUAAGGUAAAAGAUGCAUAAUUAUGAAAAUGAAGAACCGAUAUUCUAAACAUAUAUAUUUGUAUGUAAUUAACAAUAUAAAAUAAAUUACCUGUAUAUAUAUUGUAUAUGUAUACUCACGAUAAAUCACCUAUGCGUGUGUAUAUGCAUGUAUGUAUGUAUGAUGUAUAAAUUUAUCAAUAUUAACAAUAUGUACGCGCGCCGGUAUAAAAUAAUUUACCUGUAAGCGUCUUCCGAAACAUUGAUUUUUCCUGGUUGGCCAGUGGUCUCCGUUCGACUAGUAAGAUUUACAGUAUUUCCAAAUAAACAAUAACGAGGCAUGCGAUAACCAAUUACACCAGUAACGACUUCUCCACUGUGUAUUCCAAUAGUAAUUUUCUGUAAAAAUAAUAAAAUAUUAGUAUAUACGUAGACAAAUAUUAAGAACAAAUAUCAAGAAAAAAUAUAAUUUAUAUA